AUGCAUUGGAAGACUACGACAGUUCUACUUUGUGUUUAUGGAAUCACAAAGGAAUUUCGACCGGCUACACCUUUUCUUACACCAUAUUUGGUUUCACCCUAUAAGAACUUCACUCUGGAUGAAGUCUACGGGAUGAUCUUUCCGUUUUGGACCUACUCCUACAUGAUAUUUUUGGUGCCUGUGUUCUUUCUGACAGACAUUCUUCGGUACAAGCCAGUAAUUGUCCUUGAGGGGACGUGUCUUUCGUUAACCUGGAUUCUUCUUGUGUGGGGCAAAGGCAUAGUGGAAAUGCGGCUCAUGCAAAUUGCCUUCGGUUUUGCUUCAGCUGCAGAAGUUGCAUACUACUCAUAUCUGUAUGCGAUUGUAAAUGAGAAGAACUAUCGCCGUGUGACGUCAUUCGUUCGUAGUGCUGCUCUUACAGGGAAAUUGUUGGCGUAUAGCUUGGCCCAAGUCCUCAUUUCCACCAGAACUGCUACAUAUCUGACACUGAAUCAGAUAUCAUUAGUGGCUGUUGUUUGUGUUUUCUUCAUCGCUCUAGCACUGCCUCCGGCUAAAUCACGUUCUGGUCAGUGCGAGGCUCAAAGUGAGUCUUUGGAAAGUAAGACAUUGGAUGAGCGAGUUCAAGAACAAAGGGCAACGUUCAACGAGGAUCUUCAUAAUAAACCGAGAUGGGGCAUGCGGAAUUAUAUCGUCAAUGUACUUGAGAGCUUCAAGAUAUUCAAGAAUAAUAUGGUGGUACUUAAAUGGUCUUUGUGGUGGGCUCUCACAAGCUGUGGAAUUUUCCAGGUGUACAAUUAUAUACAAUCCCUUUGGAUUGAGAUGCAACCGGAUCCGACCGAUGUAGAAAAUGGUCUGGUAGAGUUCGGCUUAAUAUUUUCAGGCGCUGUGCUAUCUUUUUUUGUGCAGUUUGCUGUCAUAGACUGGGUUCAGUAUGGAGAACUUGUUUUAACUCUUUCUUCCUUGUUGAUUACCAUUGUUCUUGCCGUGAUUUCUCAAACGGAUUAUGUUUGGAUUGCAUACAGCGGUUACGUCUGUGUGACGGCUACUUACCACACCCUUAUUACUGCUGCCAGGUGUUUCAUUUAG